GCAUAACUGUUUUAAGCCACUCCUGAUUCUUUUCUUGCCAUAACAACUUUCUGAUAUCGAACAAGCAACCAUGGAACCAAUAGGUCUUGCUAUCAGGAUUAUAAGGCUGGCUGGUCUCUUCAAUACUUGCUUGGACAUCCUCAGCAAGUUUGACUCUUAGAGAGACUAUAAAAGUGAUUCUCAAGCACUAAUGGCACAGUUCAAAGCCUAUAAGCUUCAGCUAGAAAAAUAGGGACACGCUGUCGGAAUUAAAAAUAGGAAUAUGUCAGCCCAGCACAAUAAGCUUCUCAACGAUCCGCGCACGCUGAGUAUAGUCAAAGACCUCCUUUCAGCCAUCAGCUACAUUUGCGGCCCUGAUGACCACUUUCCUCCAUUCGAAUCAAAACGUCAAAGGCUCAGUUGGGCUUUGGGGGUCAAAGUGAAGCAGAUUAUACAAGUUAAGCAAUUUUCAUCGAUAGUGCAGAUUCUGCAUAGUUUAAUUCCUAUCAAUACAGAGGCAAUCUCGGGGCACAACAGACAUACACAUAGAGCCAGUUCUUUAAGGGACACAGGUGAUGCAACUGGAGUUCAAGGUGAUUGGCUUGCCGAUUUUAGAUCCAUGCUGAUAAGAAUCGAAAGCGAGAUUGAAGCCGAGGCAAGACGAGAUUUACAAAUAUGGCUGCUGGGCAAUCAUACUCCAAACAACCGCUACGAGGCAUACAAGGGAAAACGGAUGGAAGGCACCUGUAAAUGGGUACUACCCCGGCAAUGGUUUCAGGAUUAGUCCUCACCUGACUUCCCAAACGGGUCUGCCAAGAUUCUUUGGAUCAACGGCCCUGCGGGAUUCGGAAAAACAGUUCUAA